UCCAUGCUUAUGAAGCAAUGACUGAACGUAAACCCAUACCUUAAGAAAACAAACUCUGGGUUCUUUCAUGGUUUAGUAUAGGAGCCUGGGGAGGCUUUAAACCAAAUCAAUUUUACCAAUUUUAGAAACUGGGAAAAGAGGUUCUAUAGGAAAUGCUGUGAUAGCUUUUUCUGAAAAUAGUAUAGAAAAUCCCAGAAAAAUGAAAUCUCUGACAUCGCUAAAAUAUUUUUUUUCUCUAGUAUCUUAUGCAAAGUCAUUUGACUGCAAAUCUUCUACAACUCCACGUUCAACAAAAAAUUAAAAAAAAAAAAGAAAAGAUAAAAAGAAAGAAAUAAAAUUGACAGCUAAAGAAGCAAAUGAGAGCAGUAGCAGUAGAUGCAAACUUUGAAUAUGACUAGGAAACCCAAAAGAAACCCUUCUUUCUUCAAAAUCUUGAUAGGAAACUUUGAUAAGAAGCAGAGAAUUCCACCAGCUUUUGUAAAGUAUAUUUUUAAAGGAAAUGUGCCCACCAUGUUGACCUUAUAUUCAGACUCAGGGAACUCAUGGCGUGUUAGAAUCAAAGUUGAACAAGGAAGCUAUUUUUUCAACAAUGGAUGGUCAAAGUUUGUCAAAUAUCGUGACCUGGAAAUAGGGGAUUUUCUGGUUUUCUUUUUGGUUGAUAGUUCAACUUUUGAUGUUUUCAUUUAUAAUCGAACUGCAUGUGCAAAGAUCAUCAUUUUGGCUGCUAAGAAACAAAAGGGCCGAUCCCCUAGAGUUAGCAGACAAAUUGAACAAACCCCAAGCCAUAAAUGUACUUCAACUUCCAAGAAACCAAGAACAGUUCCUCGUGCACAGGAGGUUGAGUUUGUAUCUGGAGUAACCCCGAAGAGUGUUUCAUAUGUAAUGGUUGUGAAGGGAUACAAUAAAUACUAUGCUGGUAUUCCGAGAUGUUUUACUGAAGAAGCAGGCUUGGGAAAGGUAUCCAUGGUGAUGAUUAAAGGUCCAAGUGGAAUGUGGCCAAUGAUGACCACUUUUAGUUCAAAACAAGUUCUUCUGAGUGUUGGAUGGUCCAAGUUUCUGCAUGAAAACGAGAUUGUAAUUGGAGAUACCCUUUUGUUCGAAUACGUACCAAAUACGGGCCAUUUAAUCCAUGUCCAGGUUGUUAACAAGGAUGGAACUGGAAACUGUGGUAGCCUUGCUGGUAAGCGACCAAGAGAUCGACCUCGCGAGCAAACUGAACUACCACCAAGCACAAAAUAUGCUUCAAGUUACAAGCGUACCAAAGGUGUAUCAGAGUUAAUCUUGGAACAGGCUUCAUUUGUAGUUGUUUUGAAGAAAUACCAUCAAUACUCUGUUUCUGUUCCAGCCAGUUUUUUGCCAAAGAAACAAGCUUGGCAGAGGAACCGAGCAAGGUGAUAAAGGACUCAGAGGGUAGGAAGUGGGAAUUGAACAUCUUGGUUGAUGCAAAAUCAAAUGUUCGUCUAGGUGCAGGAUGGUCACAAUUUGUGCUAGAAAACAGAUUAGAAGAUGGAGAUACCAUUUCGUUUCAACACAUGCCCCACACUGGUAAUGUAAUUCACUUCAAGAUCAUUAGCAAGGCUAGAGCUGCAAAUAUGGUGAUGGAAGAAACAAGAGAAAAAAUGCCUGUUAAAAAGUAGUAUCAUUUGUAAUGUCUGUUGUUUACCAGUUGUUGAAGAUGGUGAUGGUGGCUUGUAACUUGUAUGAUUGUGUUUUACCUGUCUAUCUUUUGUUUGGAUGGUAAGAAAAAGAAAUGGUAUGAUCAUGUAUGAAAUUCCAGGAACCCUCUUUGAAGUUGGAAAGUCA